GAGGCGAGGAAGAGAAACAAAAAGCCUCGAUAGCUCCUCUCCUAAGGCCUGUAAUUGUGUCUGCAGAAUCCCAGGCUGUGGGACAGAAGGUGGCUUUUGUCAACGAGGCAACCCACAGGAAGCCACACGGCUGCUCAGCGCCUCCGGCCAACGCCUUCCUCUGAAGAAACCCUGCUUGAGCCGAGGACGGAGAGAGCCAAGAGGCAGAUGAUGCUGCCCGUGACCCAGGUGCUGGCCUUCGGUGCUUGGCUGGUGGCACAGAGCAAGGCUACACCGAGUGCCCCCACCAUCUCCAUCUUCCAGAAGCCGGCUGGGGUGAUCCCACCGGGAGGCUCCACCACCAUCUGCUGCAGUUGCCAGUGUGACAAAGGGGAAUUUGAUCUGUACAAGGGUGGCCGCUGGGUCCGUACCUUGGAGCUGCACGACAGCAGGGCUGAGUUCUCCAUCUCCAAUGCCACCCAAAAGGACGCAGGUGGCUACAGCUGCCAGUACCGGGAUGGAGGCGCUGUGCUGGCUCACAGCGAAACCGUGGAAAUCCGGGUGCAAGAGUUCCGUCUCCCCGAACCUGUCCUCUCUGUCCUGCCUGGGCACAAUGUGGCUGCAGGAGCAGACGUGGUUUUCCGUUGCACCAUCGCACACCCCAACGCUGGCUGUUUCCUCUACCUGGAGGGCUGCGUCAAAGAAUUAAAAUUUAUCCCCAAGAACGAAGAUUGCAAACUCUCCCACGUGCAUAAAGGCAACGAGGGCCGCUACAGCUGCCAGUGUUUCACCAGGAAUGUUUCGUUCGAAUGGUCUGCUGUCAGCAAGACCCUGGAUUUGGUGGUAAGAGAUUACACCUGGAACAACGUGGUGCGCCUGGUGCUGGGGGCCGGGGUCCUGCUGCUGCUGGGGCUCAUCAUGGCCGAGGCCAUGUGCACCCCCCGCCGCACGACGGGGCCUCGCUAGGAGGGGGCGCAGAGCCCCCCCUUCCUCCUCGGCCUGUGUCCCGUUCCCCCCACCCGUGUCCGUGUCCUUCUGUCCCCAGCAGGGACAAGCACCCACCCCCGGGGGAGGCAGCGGGGCUGAAUAACCAGUCUCCAGCCAGAGCCUUCCAUUGCUCACAUUCGUUUAUUAUUUUAAAACACUGACGAAACACAUCACACCGUGACCUAUAUAUAUAAAUUUACUUUUAUGCAGGUAUAAAUUUAUAUAUACAGGACCUUUAAACCUCUGUAUACUCAGGACACAAAGUUCCAGAAUAGCUUCACCGGCUACAACAAAAGUAUUCUUGUUAUGAAAACACAAAGAGGAGGUGCGAAUAUCAAAAAACGCAGAAUAAAGAAAUUAAAAACGAGUGCAAAAUGAAUGAAAGUGCAAAAAAGCUUUUGUUAUCGUAACGCUCCUU